AUGGUCAAGGGUAUCGCGGCACCAAGCGAUGCCAGCCUGGCGGGGCGUGCGUUCCGCAACAAUUAUCUCUUCGUGUACAGCCUGCAGAUGCGUGAGCUCUCCUCCACGCCAUGCAGCUCUCCAGCCAUUGCCACUGCCGGUCCUUAUGUGUACGCGCUCUAUGAGCACUAUGGCUACUCGCCUGCACAGAUCGGGCAGCUCUUCAUAACAGGGUUCGGCUCCUCCAUGGUUUUCGGCACAUUCAUCGGCGCGCUCGCUGACAAAGCGGGCCGCAAAAAAGCCACCCUGGGCUACGUUGUGGCUUACUCCCUGAGCUGCCUCACAAAGCACUACCCAAACUUCCGGGUCCUCAUGCUUGGCCGUGUGCUGGGCGGCGUGGCGACGUCGCUGCUGUUCUCUGCGUUUGAGAGCUGGCUGGUGGCGGAGCACUUCAAGCGCGGCUUCUCAGAGAAAUCCCUGGGUCAGACGUUCUCGCAAGCCGUGUUCCUGGGCAACGGGCUGAUGGCCAUUCUGGCCGGGUUCCUGGGGGACUACCUAGUUGAAAAGAUGGCCCUAGGCCGGUGA